CUUAUCAUUUCCCAACAUGACUACUGCUGCUCUUUGGCCUUCCAAAAAUCUGCCUUGCCCUUUUUCAGUCUGUAAUUAAGUUUUCUGCCAGGCUCAUCUUCCUGACUGACAGCUACUCUUUCUUUGCGCUGCGAGUGACCUUCAUCUGACAUGUGGUCAUUUUAACACUGCCAACUCUCAUCUGCAGUAUUUUUCAAGUGCUGCCCCAUUCCUACAGAAUUCCCUACCGGUGCCAUUAGCUAGCAAGCUUAUUUCGACACAGGCAUCUUAUCCAUCAAUCCCUCCUACCUACUACAUGUAUCUCUACACCUUCCUCAUAGAUUGUAAGUUUGCUUGAACAGGGCAUUUUUCACCUCAUGCAUCUGUUAAUAUUUUUUUCAAAUAACUUGAUGCUGCUUGUGAUGUGGUGUGUGUGUGUGUGUGAAAAGGUUGUAUGCGGUAUUGCAUGUGUGAGGAUAAUGCUUGUGGGGUUCUAUGCAACAAGGGAGGCUGCUUGUGGGAUUUAGUGUGUGUUAGUGUGUGUGUGUGUGUGGUGUAGUGUGUAUGUGGAUAGUGACUGGGACAUACAUGCCAGCAGGAUCUCAGCUGUCGACUUCGGCCUUGGCCAUCAUGCAAAUGUCCGGUGGGCCAUGAUAAUGGACGAGUUAGGUGGCCUUCUAACUUGCCUAAUAUAGAGCCAGAGAUUUUUGCUCCUUUUUUUCCUUGAUGAUUUUACCAUUGUUUACAUUCACAAAAUAGGACAAAUGAUUAAUAUUCCACGGAAAAAACAUAUUGGUGCAAACAGAAAAUGUGACAAAAUUUUGGUAUGAAAACAACCAGUUUUAUAUAACCUUUUAUUACGCCCUUUUGUAGUGGUGUUCUUAGUGUCAUGCUGCUAGUGUGCACUUUUUGUUAUACAGUUUACAUUAGUCCUGGGGAGUGACAUCAUGAGAUUUGUCUUUGGAAACAAUUUUCUUGAAUGGUGACAGAUCAAUAAGCGGUCUAAGCACUAGAGCAAGCGCUGAGACCUACAGCCAUUGACAGUGAGCUGCCUGGGGACGUUUCUGGUGUAUAAGGCGUGGUUUUGACUCUGGUGCAGGCGCUCUGCAGUGACGCCGAAUUCCUGCGCCGUGACGUAGCUGGCGCUUCGUGAAUUCGGCUCGGAAGCUGAGGGCAGGUAAAGCUCUGUGUGUUUGUCAUGGGGAAGUCGGAUUUCCUUACUCCCAAGGCGAUCGCCAACCGCAUUAAGUCCAAAGGGCUGCAGAAGCUACGAUGGUACUGCCAGAUGUGCCAGAAACAGUGCCGGGACGAGAAUGGCUUCAAAUGUCAUUGCAUGUCAGAGUCCCAUCAAAGACAACUGCUACUUGCUUCUGAGAACCCUGAUCAGUUUAUGGAUUAUUUUUCAGAUGAAUUUCGUACAGAAUUUUUAGAAUUGCUGAGUAGACGAUUUGGUACAAAGAGGGUGCACAAUAACAUUGUAUACAAUGAAUAUAUCGGCCACAGAGAGCACAUACAUAUGAAUGCCACCCAGUGGGAGACACUAACAGACUUUACGAAAUGGUUGGGCAGAGAAGGUUUUUGUAAAGUGGAUGAGACUCCCAAAGGCUGGUAUAUCCAGUACAUUGACAGAGACCCAGAGACAAUACGCAGACAACAGGAACUUGAGAAAAAGAAGAAGCAAGACUUGGAUGAUGAGGAAAAGACGGCUAAGUUUAUCGAGGAGCAAGUUAAAAGGGGCAUGGAAGCAAAAGCAAUAGAGACACCCGUUUUUACAGAAUUAAGCAGAGAAAGUGAGGAAGAGAAAGUUACUUUUAAUUUGAACAAAGGUGCAAGUACUUCUGGAGCAGCUGCGGCAGGAAGUUCCCUCUCGAACAAUGCCCUGAAAUCGGUUCCAGUAGCAGUAAAAAGAAAAGACACUUCUCAGAGCCAAGUCAAGGAAAAGAAGAAAAAAUGUGCUCUUGAAGAGAUCAUGGAGAUGGAGGAGCAAAAGAAAAAAACAGAACGGACCGAUAACUGGCUACUUCCGGAUAUUAUUGUGAAAAUUAUAACAAGGAGGUUGGGAGAAAAGUAUUACAAGAAAAAAGCUUUAAUAAAGGAAGUGAUUAACAAAUAUACAGCAAUUGUGAAGCUUAUUGAUUCAGGAGAUAAACUAAAACUGGAUCAGACCCACCUAGAAACCGUUAUCCCAGCGCCAGGAAAGAGAGUUAUUGUUUUAAAUGGAGGCUACAAAGGCAAUUUUGGAAUCAUGGAUUCUAUAGAUGAGAAAAGCUUUUCUGCUACGAUUGUAAUUGACUCCGGUCCCUUAAAAGGUCGAAAGUUGGAUGGUAUCCCAUAUGAAGACAUUACGAAGGUUCCAUAAUUGCUGUGAUCAUCUAGCUAGGAAUGUCCGUUCGAAACAAACUCUACUGUGUCAGGGUUUCGUGUAUAUUGUGUAUAUACUUUAGCUGGCUGAAAUAAUGAAAGUGCUGCUACUUGUAAAUAUUGGAAUUUCUAAAUCUUUCUACAAUAUGUUUAUACUUUUUAUAAAUGGAUUGUUUUUCAGUCAACUUGUGUUUGGCAUGUUAUUAAAUAAAAGCAAAUGAUUAUUUUUC